AUGUGUAUUGGGCAAAGAACAGAGCUUUUUCUUGUGGCUUAUUUUUGUUCCAUCCAGAAGAAGACCCUAAUAAAAGAGCUUGAGGAAGAGAUGGCAGAAGCAGCAAUAGACUCAAAUGAAGACUUGUCGGAGGAAACAGAGGACCUGGAACUUCUUGAAUCCGAUGACAAUGGUACCUUCCAACAAGUCACAAACCUUCUGGACAUCAUUGACAGUGAGUCAUCAAACACAGGCACAGCAGGGCCAGGUCUUGACAUGCGGAAGACCCUGGCCUCGGUGAUAAUCACAGACAAGGCCACCACCAAGCCAUCUGUGGUGAUGAAUGCUCUCAUGCGCUGCCUAAAGGUGCCAGAGAUUUCCACCCAGCGCAAGGUCAGUAUCUACAACAUCCUCCAGGAAAUCAUCCAGCAGGAGGGGGAGCUGGAGGAGCGCUGUGUCCAGAGGCUGGUGGCCAUCGCCUCCAAGGAGAUGAGGGAGAUCCCAGAGAUGGAGGGUUACGUGAAGGCAGAGGUGGCCAGUGACACCCUGGUGGCUCUGUCCCGAAACCACUUCAGCUUGGUCAUGUACGAGCUGCAACACCACCUCAAGCCCCUCAACCUCACUGACGAAUUUGUCAUCAUCACCCUGGCCAAGCUGGCCAACGGCAAUGUGUUUGAGUUCAUGCCAUACAUGGGCAUCACCCUGGCUACCAUAUUCACAAUGCUGAGACUUGCCAAUGAAGCCAAGAUACGCCAGGUGAUCUGUAGUGCCAUGGAGACCUUCUGCGAGACUGUGCAGUUUUACCUGAAGCACUUGGAGGACAGUGUGUACCCUGUGAUGACUGAGGAGCAGUUUGCCCUGAAGCUGUUCCCAAUGUUUCGCUACUUUGUAACCGUGUGGAUGAGACACCACAACCUCGAGGUGAAGCUGGGGGUCAUCAGGUCCCUGAAACCCAUGCUGAACCUCCUCCUGCCCAACAUUGACCUGCGGGAGCAGGUCUAUGACUACAUCCCCCUGUUGCUGGCGCAGUACCAGGGCAGUCUGGAGGCCCUCUUCAUCACACAGGUCUUGAGACAGAUCCUGGAAGUGUCAGUCACCACCAACACCCCUAUCCCCCCAAUGCAGCUACAUACCAUUUUCACGGAACUGCACGUCCAGGUGUGCACCAAGGCCCCGGCCCAUCAUCAGCAUAGCAGCCAGAACCUGAUGGAGAUCGUGCACUGCUUCGUGGCCCUUGCUCGCUCCUACCCCAAGGAGUUGAUGAAGUUCUUCUUCAGCCAGAUAGAGACAAGCAAGGAGGUCGUCCGGGUGGGGACUCUGACCCUGAUCAGGGCUGUGGUGAGUGCAGAAGAUCCCAGGAUGAAUAUCAGAACCAUCUACCUGGCCAUCCGGGUAGUCAAGAACACCCUCUCUGAUACUCGAUCCAAGGUGAGAAUGGCUAUUCUCCGCAUCAUUGGCCAGUUGGUUCUGUCUGGCUACCAAGAGAGGAUCAAAGGCUGGGGCCUGAAGUAUGUGUCUGUUCAGCUGACCUUAUCCACCUACAAACUGACAAAUCGCCGGGAGAGCUUUUAUCUGAGGGAUUUAGAGGAGAAGAUGGUUCACAAAGUCACCAUGGACACUGUGAAGAUCAUAACUUCUUCUGUCAGUGGAAUGGCCAACGAGUUUUGGGUGAGGCUUCUGUGCUACAUCAUGGAGACAGACUACAUGGAGGCCUUGACCCCCAUCUGUGUCAGCCUCACAAACCUUGCAGAACGUCAGCUCCAUGACCAGGACGCAGAGGCCAGCACGGCCGGCGGGAGUAGCCAAGUGGACCUGCCUGCGCCUCAGAAGCUGCUAGCCCGUCUCCUGGUGCUGAUGUCAUCACCCUACAAGGGGGAGGGCCGCGGGAUCGCCAUGCUCAACCUCCUGAGGACCCUGAGCCAGAGCAUCGCUCCCUGCAUGGCUGACAUGUGGGAGCUGGAGAUCCCAUUGCUGGUCCAGUACCUGGAAGAGCAUACCGAGUUUACUUGGAAUCAGAAGGCCUGGGAGGACAAGCUAAUUCAGUUUCUGAGAAACUCCGUCAAGAAGACCCAGGGGUCCAGCUGGAGCCUGCGUCUGAGCAAAGAACUGAGAAACCAGUUUGAAAGCUUUGAUAGCCCCUCUCUGGAGAAGGGCUUUCUGUACCGGGCCUUGGGCUUCACCUUGGCCACAGGCCUGGAGGCCAGCAAGGUGGAAGUUCUGCUGCUGGAUCUGCUGUACAAGACAGACUACGAUAAUGACUUUGACAGGGAGGGUGUGAUUCUGUGCUUUGGCCUAUGCGCCCGGGGCCAGGUGAAGACAGUAUUGAGCGUGCUUCAUGACUUUGAGGAGAGGAUCCAGGAGUCAGAGCAAUCCUGGCAGAUCGGUGCUUGGCGGAAGGACCACCCCUGGAGGCGGGAGACAGUGAAGAGCGCCCUUAUGGUGAUGUACAGCUGCGUGGCCUCGUACUGCCAUCCCCAGAUGCUCCUUAACCAUGUGGACAGCCCCAUCACUGCUAAGAUCAUUCACCACUACACCAGCAGCUGCCAGGACACCUUUCUCAAAAUGGCCUUCAUGAAGAGUGUUGUGCAGGUUACCAAUGCCAUCAACCUCAAGGUCUUGGAGGACUUUCAAUUUGCCCAAAAGAUGACUCUGACUGCCAUUAUAAUGGCAAUCAUUGAAGCGGAACCGACCGACAACCUGGUUUCUCCAGUGCGGACCUUGGCAAUGGAGGCCCUCUCGCACCUGAGCAAGCUGAAGCCUUUCUACAAAAUGGAGGAAAACAGUGAGCUGAUGGACAUCAGUAUACAUUCUGUAAUUUCUCUCCAACCCCCUGGGGAGGACAAUGAGUCCAUUAAGACCCUGUAUGCCAAUGCUCUGAGAGCCCUGGAGCAGCUGAUGGAGAGCCUCCUGCAGAGGCAGCUGGACCCCAGGGGCCUACAGGAGAUGGUGCAUCUCCUAGAAAAAUGGAUCUUGUCAGAGAAAGAAUGGGAGCGAGAGAAGGCCAUGAACCUCCAUCUUCAUCUCAUGCAGCUCUACAUCCAAAGCACCGGUAUCUGCAUCCCCCUGAAGCUGGGGCAGUUUGGGACUCUGGUUGGACUCAUCGCCCCAUGCACCUGUGAUACCCACCAAAGAACUCGUGUGGCCUCAACUAAUGUCCUGUCCAGCCUGCUAGAUCUUCAUGCAAGCCAGACCUGCUCCUUGUGGGGUGCUUCCAAGGAGAAGGAGCUUGAAAAAUGUAAGGAGGACCUCCAGGACACAGACAUGGAGAAGAUUUUCUGUGUAUCCUCCAGAAUUGCCAAGGUGGUCUGCAUGGAGUUUAAUUGUGACGAAGUGGUCUUACUCAUCCAAAAGCUCUGUGAGAACAUCGGGGCUAUGGACCUGCAGCAUGACAAGGCCUCCGUCACCUGGAUAGGCAUCUUCCUCCAGAUGCGGGUCAAGGAGCUGGAGGACAAGGUGGCCGAGAUCCUGGGCACCAUCCUGGUGCACCUGCCUGUGGUGGAUCACCCGGAAGUGCGGCGCCUUCUCAUUGAAGGCAUUCUCCUGCUGGCGCACUACCACCAGGAGACUGUACUCACGUCGCUCCUGAGGCAGCCCCUGCCCAUGGAGAGCCACCUGAUGGACGUGUGGCUGGCUGUGUCGGAAAACUUGCCCUUGGCCCGGACCAUACUACACAGCCUGAUGAGCCGGCUGCAGUCGUGGUUCACACCCAGGAUAAAUGCCACCUCCAAGAACAACAUCUGGCGCCUGGCUGCAGUGGACCCUCUGAUGACCCUGUGCACUAUCCACCUUCUCAUCGAGAAGAUUGACAAGGACAACAAGCUCCCAGAUCUCAUCCCCGAUCUCAUUUACACCCUCCUGCUGCAGCUGGGCUGUAGCCACAGGCCAGAGGCCACCUCGCCCAACCUGAAGACAUGGAGGCUGAUGCAUACGGGGACCCUGCCUGAGGAGAUGAACUUGCAAAGAAUCACCAUCAAGUCCAUGCAGCUCCUGUUCAAGAGAAUUGACAGCAAGCAUUUGGCACAUGCCCUGGAAGAGCAGGUGGUGUGGGCACACCUGCAGGACAGCGAGACCUUCCUGGAGGGCGUUAGCCUGCUGGCCAGGCUGUGUGUGCAGCACGUGGAGUGCUACAGGCUGAGGCUGUCGGAGCUGAUGCUCAGCGGCAUGGACUCAGCAGUUCUGAGCUGCCGCGUCAGCAGCACAGCCGUCUGUGUGGAGUUCAUGAGCAACCCAGUUCUGUACCAGGAGAAGCUGCUGAGGCCAGUGGUGGUGUUGCUGGAGAAGGGUGUCAACCAGGAGGAGGAUGAGGCCCUGCGUAUGUUGUCCCUGCGAGCCCUUGGCAACAUGGCCCUGGGUGCCCCCAGGAAGGUGAAGAAGUAUCGAAAACUCUUGCUGGAGAAGUGUCUGGGCUCCCUGAGGGAGUCCACGAGCACCAGUGUGGCUGCCGAGGGCAUGGAGGCCUUAACCAAGAUCCUUGCUGAACUCCAAGAAGGGGAUGUGGGGGCCUCUUUUGAUGCCAUCUCCAAGCAGUGCAGGGUCUUCUUCGACAACGAGAGCGAGUUGCUGCGACUGAAAUCUUUCAUCCUCUUUGGGAGACUGGCAAAGGUGGUCGGGAUUUUCAAGAAGCAUUUCUUCAAAGGGGAAGUGAAGAAGGCCUGGAUCCCCCUCAUGCUGCACUGCCAGGACCCCUGCUCCAGCACAGCCCAAGCCUGCAUGGCUACCAUGUUUCAGUGUGUGCACUUCUGGGGCUGGAAGUCCCUGGAGAGCCCCUCAGGGCAAAGUGAUGCCAGCGCCGAUGACAAGAUGACGGCUUUCCAGACAACCAUGUGCUCUGUCCUGACUCAGAAAAAACCUGCUGUUCUCUACAGCUUCUUGCUAGAAACAAUGACCUAUGUUAAAAAUAACUUGUCAAGGAUCAGAAUUGCUGCCUGCAACUUGGCAGGUAUUAUUGUGAAGCAGAUGUCUAUACAUUAUCUGAAAAAUCUGGACUUUCCAGUGUUACGGAACUCCCUCCAGGAGCUACAGCUGGACUCGGAUCCUGGGGUCAGGAGAGCAGCCCUGGAGACCCUCAAAGUCUUGGACUCCUGCAGUCAGCACAGGCUUUUGGCUUCACCUGGUGGAAUGUCCUAGGUGGUCCAAAUGUAAGAUGUAAACAGUCCUCUUCGAGUGCCAAACUCUGUCGUAGCAAUGCAAACACUUAAUU